GUGGGGUAGAUUUCGAGAUCCGUGCUUUUUGUGCCAAAAACGUAGAUGAGAAGAUCCAUAAAAGGAAUUCCGUCCGCCUUGUGAUCCGCAAGGUCCAGUAUGCCCCUGAGAAGCCCGGUCCACAGCCAAUGGCAGAGACCACCCGUCACUUCCUGAUGUCGGACAGGUCCCUCCACCUGGAAGCAUCGCUCGACAAGGAGCUUUACUACCAUGGGGAGCCAGUCAGCGUCAAUGUCCACGUGACCAACAAUUCUAGCAAGAGUGUCAAGAAAGUCAAAGUGUCCGUGCGGCAAUAUGCAGACAUCUGCCUCUUCAGCACGGCCCAAUACAAGUGCCCUGUGGCUCAAAUGGAACUGGAUGACCAGGUGGCCGCCAGUUCCACUUUCUGCAAAGUGUACACGCUGACGCCCCUGCUCAGCAACAACCGUGAGAAGAGGGGCCUGGCCCUCGACGGGAAGCUGAAGCACGAGGACACCAACCUGGCCUCCUCCACCAUAGUGAAGGAGGGGGCCAACAAGGAAGUCCUCGGCAUUCUGGUCUCCUACCGAGUCAAAGUGAAGCUGGUGGUGUCCCGGGGCGGGGAUGUGUCUGUGGAACUCCCCUUCGUGCUGAUGCACCCCAAGCCUCCGGACCAAGCCCCCCCGGCGCAGCCCCAGACAGCUGCCCAAGAAACAGACGCCCCCAUCGACACCAACCUCAUCGAGUUCGAAACCAACUACGGGCAAGAUGACGACAUUGUCUUCGAGGACUUUGCCCGCCUGCGCUUGAAGGGCCUGAAGGACGACAAGGAAGACGACGACCAUUUCUGCUAGGAAGCGGCCCUCCC